AGUCCUUGGCCUUGGUGCAUCAGAUAAGUCACGGAGGAAAACAAACUCCCCUUGAAAGGUGUGUCUGCAGAGCCUUGUGACAGCGUGCCAGUGGCUCCUGUCCGGCACAUUUCGGAACUUUGCAAAAAUUAAUUGUGCUAAAGAGAACACCAUCAAACGCAUCCGGCACAGAGCGUAAACAUCUUCAAACCACGAUUCUGCGCUACAAAACCCUCUCCAACUAAUUUCAUUUAGUGCUUUACUCUGGAGGAACACCGAGGCCAAGUGAAACUGCGGAAAUAGGAACAAUGCACGGAGGAAAAAUCUCACCCCAUUAAGGGAUCCGUUUCUUCUCUGCACAAAUAAGCCCACCACGCCUCGGAGGCAAGACUAGAUGGCUCCAGGAUGUUCUCAGAAUGCCCCCGCGGGCCCUCAGGAGCUGAGAGAUCCCGCACCAAGAAGGAAGAGGACCUGAACGGCAGCGCCUUGGCCCUCGGGCAGUUUAGGACUGACGGCACAGCACAGACCAUGGGUGUUUACUCCUGGUGGAAGCAGCCAUCCUGGAUGGUGGGCAGUCAGAGAAGGAGAAUGACUCCAAACUUGCCAUGGCUCCUGUCGGCACUCACGCUUCUGCAUCUGACCGUGCAAGCAAGUAGUCUGAAGAGGGGAGCAAUUCAGAAUCUGAAAUGUACAACCAACAAUAUGCAAGUGUGGGACUGCACGUGGACAGAGCCCCUGGGGUUCAGCUCUGGAACUGUUAAAGAAGUUUGCGUUAGAGACAGGCUUCGUUCUUGUCAUCGAUUGGAGACAACAAACAUCAAAAUUGCAGCCCUUUCACCUGGUGAUCAUGAAGUAACAGUAAAUUACCUGAAUGGCUUCCAAAGUAAUUUCACCCUGAAUGAAAAAGAUGUUUCUUUCAUUCCAGAUGCUCCCGAGGUUUUGAGUUUGUCUGCUGACUUCGCGACCUCCACGUUACACCUGAAGUGGACCGACAAAGGCUCUGCCUUUCCGUACCCCUUGAAGGCCACCUGGGAAAUUAAGGUUCUACAGCAUCCGCGUAUGGAACCCAUAAAAUUAGCGUCCUUCAACACGACACUGAACGGUAGAGACACAGUUCACCAGUGGAACUGGACCUCUGAUCUGCCCCUGGAAUGCGCUCCUCACUCUGUGGGGAUCAGACGGUACAUCAACCAUCACCGUUUCUCCGGCUCUAAAAAGUGGAGUGCCUGGAGCCUCCUGAAGAACAUUUCUUGGACUCCUGAUUCCGAGACCAAUGUUUUUCCUCAAGACAAAGUGAUUCUUGCAGGCUCAGACAUAACAUUUUGUUGUGUCAGUCCAACAAAAGUGCUGUCAGGACAGAUUGGCAAGACAUUCUGUCCCCUUAUCCAUCUUUAUGGGGAAAACGUUGCGAUCCGUAUCCAGAACAUUUCCGUUUCUGAAAACAGUGGAACAAAUGUGGUUUUCACAACAGAAGAUAAUGUGUAUGGGACGGUUGUCUUUGCAGGCUAUCCACCCGACGUUCCUCAGAAACUGAAUUGUGAGACGCACGAUUUCAAAGAGAUUAUCUGCAGCUGGAAUCCGGGGAGGCCGACAGGGCUAGUGGGCCCACGAAAUACAGACUACAUUUUAUCUGAAAGCAUUUCGGGAAAAUCCGUCAUACUGAAAAGAUUUGAAACACUUACAAAUGAAAGCUGUCGUUUAACCUUCCAAAUGCUUCCCGACCAAGAAAUCUAUAACUUCACCCUGACCGGUCACAACCCACUGGGACGAGCAGAAUCAGUAAUAUUUAUCAACGUAACUGAAAGAGUUGCUCCUCAUGUGCCUGUUUCGUUGAAAGUGAAGGACAUCAAUUCAACAGUUGUUACACUUUCCUGGCAUUUGCCAGGAAAUUUUGCGACGAUUAAUCUCUUGUGUCAAGUUGAAAUUUGCAAAGCUAAUUCAGAACAAGAAGUGCGGAGUGCCACAAUCAAAGGAGCCGAGGAUUCAAGUUACCUUUUGGCUGUGGACAGAUUAAAUCCAUACACUGUGUACACUUUUCGGGUUCGUUGUUCUACUGAGACCUUCUGGAAGUGGAGCAAGUGGAGCAAUGGAAAGAGACAUUUGACCUCAGAAGCCACUCCUUUAAGGGGACCAGAUACUUGGAGAGAGUGGAGCUCCGACGGAAAAAACUUAAUUAUUUAUUGGAAGCCCUUGCCCAUUAGUGAAGCUAAUGGAAAGAUUCUUUCCUAUAAUGUAUCGUGCUCAUCAAAUGAGGAGACCCAGUCCCUUUCUGAGAUCCUCGAUCCUCAACACAGAGCAGAGAUGCAGCUGGAUAAAAACAACUACAUCAUCAGUGUGGUGGCAAAGAAUUCUGCUGGCCCAUCGCCACCUUCUAAAAUAGCCAGUAUGGAAAUCCCGAACGAUGACAUCAUAGUAGAACAAGCUGUUGGAAUGGGAAAGAGGAUCUUCCUCACCUGGCAUCCUGACCCCAACAUGACCUGUGACUACGUCAUUAAAUGGUGCAACUCGUCUCGUUCUGAGCCCUGCCUCAUGGACUGGAUAAAGGUUCCUUCAAACAGCACCAAGGCUGUAAUAGAAUCUGAUCAAUUUCAGCCAGGAGUGAGAUAUAAUUUUUACCUCUAUGGGUGCACUCCUCAGGGAUAUCAAUUGUUGCGUUCUAUAAUUGGAUACAUAGAAGAAUUAGCUCCAAUUGUGGCACCGAAUUUUACCGUGGAAGAUACGUCUGCAGAUUCGAUCUUGGUAAAAUGGGAAGACAUCCCUGUGGAAGAGCUCCGCGGCUUUUUAAGAGGGUAUUUAUUUUACUUCCAGAAAGGAGAGCGAGAUACACCUAAGACGAGGAGUUUCGAGCCGGGUCAUUCUGACAUCAAGCUGAAAAAUAUCACUGACAUAUCCCAGAAGACGCUGAGGAUUGCCGAUCUUCAGGGGAAAACCAGUUACCACCUGGUCCUGCGAGCCUACACGCAUGGCGGCCUGGGUCCAGAGAAGAGCAUGUUUGUAGUGACCAAGGAAAACUCUGUGGGGUUAAUUAUCGCCAUCCUCAUCCCAGUGGCCGUGGCUGUCACUGUUGGCGUGGUGACAAGCAUCCUGUGCUAUCGGAAGCGAGAAUGGAUUAAGGAGACGUUCUACCCUGAUAUUCCCAACCCAGAGAACUGUAAAGCCUUACAGUUCCAGAAGAGCCUCUGCGAGGGAAGCAGUGCUCUCAAAACAUUGGAAAUGAACCCCUGUACUCCAAAUAACGUUGAAGUUCUGGAAUCUCGAUCCAUCGUUCCUAAAAUAGAAGAUACAGAAAUAAUCUCCCCCGUGGCCGAGCGUCCUGCCGAGAGCUCUGAGCCGGACCCCGAGAACCACGUGGUUGUGUCUUACUGCCCACCCAUCAUCGAGGAGGAAAUAGCGAACCCCACAGCAGACGAAGCGGGAGGGACUUCCCAGGUCGUGUACAUCGAUGUUCAGUCCAUGUACCAGCCUCAGGCCAAGCCAGAGGAAGAGCAGGACAGUGACCCCGCGGUGGCGGCCGGCUAUAAGCCGCAGAUGCGCCUCCCCAUUAACUCUGCUGUGGAGGACACAGCCACUGAAGACGAAGCCGAUAAGGCUGCGGGCUACAGACCUCAGGCCAAUGUGAAUACUUGGAAUUUGGUCUCUCCAGAUUCCCCAAGGUCUACAGACAGCAACAGUGAAAUUGUCUCUUUUGGAAGUCCAUGCUCCAUCAAUUCCAGGCAGUUUUUGAUUCCUCCUAAAGAUGAUGACUCCCCUAAAUCUAACGGAGGCGGGUGGUCCUUCACAAACUUUUUCCAGAACAAACCAAACGACUAACCCAGCACCCUUUGCCCGUGCAGUCUGCCAUCUCAACGUCCCAGCAGUAGCUGGGGCAUUCAUUCCUGGAGGGACUCAGCGAAGGUGGAGAGCCAGAGACCUUCCCUCCGGGCAAGUGACACUAGAAGCGAGCUUUUAAUGUACCCUAAAAGCCCAAGUCCAGUGACUCGGAAACCUCAGCCACAGAAACUCAAGAUUUGAAGCUGUUUUUGAUUGAGCCAAAGAAUCCUCCAGAAGGAUUUCCCGACUAACUCUGCCUAGUUCGUAUAUGCAAAACAAAUCUCAACAACUGUCUGUUGUUACUGGUUUUCUCGUCUUUGUAUGUUAUGGAGUUCCAAGUGGAUUUACAGGCCAGGAAGAAAAAUGGACAAGUCAAAAUAACGCUACUUCGCCUGACAUUUACUGCGGUCUAGAGGAAAACCAAACACAGAUUUUAAAACUUUUACGAUGCCUCUAUCCUCAGCAUUUACAAAAGCGAGUCUAGUUUUUCAUGUAGCAGCCGCUAUCUGGUGUGUUCUGCUUGGUAGAGUGUACCGAUGUCUGUGCCUGUCUGGUAUUCCAGGUGACGGGGCGUGCUGAUUUCUCUGCCUACUGUAUAACGGUUACCAAACAGUUGUCUCAGGGGUACAAACUUGGAAAAACAAGUGUGACACUGACCAGCCAGAAUCAGAAUCACACUGUCCUGCUUUAGCAGGGUGUGAAAACCUUUUUCCUGUCAUGUCGCUGGCAUGCUGGCUUCCGUUGGGCAGCCCGUUGUCCUCAUGUUGGAAAUUUCUAGAACUAGCUCCAGAUUUUCUGUGCAUUUUUGUUUUGUGUUAUGGUGUCUGUUUUGUAAGAACAAAGUCAGCAUUAUUCACGAGUAUAUAGUUGUGAUGAGUUACUAUGUAAGAUGACUACUAAGAGCUAACUACUGGUGCGUGCUGACCCCAAGCUCUGAUACGGCUCUGCUCCCCUGAGAAGGUUUGCCAUCCACCUGACCAGUAGCGAAUGAUGAUCUUUGGGGUCUCUCGGUAGCUUUCUCCUGCUCACGAGCCCCAGCCCCUCCUCCUUCAGGCAAUUAGUGGUCCAGACUCUCAGACCCAAUCUUCACAUCCGUAAGCUUAAACCUAAAGGGAGAUCAUUUCUCCCCAGAGCAGCUAGUAAAUGGUGACUUUAAUAGAAGUCGUAACGCUUACGGAAUUGCUGGGUAGUGGCUGUGGUUGCUCUGUGAGCCAUGAAGAGCCGGGUCCGAGCACAGCACCCUCCAUCUAUCCUGGUUUCUCAUCAGCAAUGUGUACAGUGAAUGAGGGUCUCAGAAAAGCAGAGUAAAAACCUAAGUGUAUGUAUGCUGUGUGUUUGUGUUUGCUCUGCCCUUUAUUGUCAAGUGUGUAAGUAUGUGAGUUUGAAACACCUGAGUAGACGUUUGUUCUGUGUCAUCUGAAGUCCCCCAAACUGUGCAGAUAGUGUAUUGGUUUUUUAGUUCUUAAUCUCUUUUUACUUUUACUCCUUCCUUCCUUCCUUCCUUCCUUCCUUCCUUCCUUCCUUCCUUCCUUCCUUCCUUCCCUCCUUCCUUCCUACCUUCCUACCUUCCUUCCUUCCUUCCUUUCUUCCUUCCUUCCUUCCUUCCUUCCUUCCUUCCUUCCUUCCUUCCUUCCUUCCUACACGACCUCAUUAUGUAGCUCCAGCUGUCCAAGAACUCACUGUGUAGACCAGGCUGGCCCCAAACUCACAGAGAUCCACCUGCCUCUGCUUCCUGAGUGCUGGGAUUAAAGGCGUGCGCCACCAUGCCUGGUCUCAUAUUUUCUCUUUUAAAAAGUCAUGUGGAAAAAAAAAAUGCAGGAUGACAAGGGAUAAAGUCAGAUAAUGAGUGCAUGACCCUGUUUUUAACCCCAGGUUGCAGCUACAUUUUGGAGCUUCGUGAUACGAUGGUUUGUGGAGUGAAAGCAAUUAGUUAUGCAUUUAUAUAAUAAAUAAAAGGUAGAUAAUAACUCUUAGAAACUUUCAGUAAUGAAAACUAUUCCAAGCUAGCGUCAGCUCCCAACAGUUUAAUUUGUCCCUUGUGCCUUCCCUCUCUGGGUCCUUUCUUGACUCUCCACCCAGCCGCUCUGAGCCCUGGCUGCCGCCUCCCCUGCCACGCUGCCUCCUCCCGUGCCACAUCUUGUUAAUGCUCUGCUCUGCUCGCCUUCAGCCGAUGCCUCAUUCCCCACUGAAGCUCAUCCGUUUUCUCUUCCAUCUGAUGGGGGUGAGUGUCAGGGAAGGUAGUAGCUCAUCCCUCUGAACUACAUCAACCUGAGAACAUCAAAACAGGCCCCUUUCACGUGAGGGACAUUUAGAACGCUGCUCAUCCUACCCUGCCUCUGAAUUCCAGUCUCCAGGACCGCUAGGCCACUGAGAAGCGGGGGUACCCACAGAUCAUUUUAGGAAAACGUAGCUGGGGACUGAGGCUGAGGCCGAUAUCCUUGUCUUUUCCCAUUGGAUUGAAGACAGCAGCAUCCCCAGGCAGUGUUCUUAUCUCUGCAGUUCCUGCUGAGUUGUGCUCACAGAAGAAGCCUGGCAGGGAGAGGACAGGGGAGAAAGGGACGUGCAGGGCAUGUUUCUGUAAGCCUGUUUCACUCUGAUUCCCCUGUGAGCAGUGGAGAUGGGGGGGGGGUGUAUCAUAAUACUUGGGAGUGGCCAUUUUCAAUCUUUAAUUUAGUCUUAAAUACUUAACUCGGCUUUUGGCGUGAGAGCUGUGAGCUGUGUGCCACGUUAAUUAGCACUGCUGUGGCUUCCGAAUUCUCCCAGUCGUUGAACUGGCAGUGUCCUGGAUUUGAGAUGGUUGUACUGCGCAUCUAGAAAGUUGAGCGUGUGCCUAUGCUGUGUGAUAGAGGUGCUUUUGUUCCCGCUGCUGGCAACAGAAGCAGCCAUUCAUUGGGAAGCUGGAGGGAGGAAGUGUCAGGCUCGUUUUCCAUAUUAGCAUUGCUCCCAUGGUUCACGGAACUUGAAGGCUUGCAUUCAGAACACCGAGCACUGUCGUACUCAGCCAUGGCAGAAAGUCACAUUCUCAGACCUUGCAAGCUGAAGUCUUGUUAGAAAUUUCCCCUGCCCCAGUAAUUUAUCAAAUAUCACAGUCCUUUCUGUGUUAAUUAAAUGAAUGUAAUUUAGUGAAAAGCUUAGAGAAUUUCUCCUCUCAAUGGGAAUUCGAAAUCAAUGUUGUGGUAUUUUUUUUUUCAAUUAUAAAGUACCCCUUAAUAUGUCAAUAUGCAGAAAGUAUUAUCUCCAAGUUUCUUACUGCUUAGGCAUUUAAUCUGGUGAAACUUCUUUGUUUGCGCUAAGGCAACUUUUGCUGUUUCCUGUUUCAAACUGUGUUAGAAUUAGCGAAAUGCUUUCUCAAAGGAUUCUGGAAGUGUGAUCCUUGGCUUCCCAAGUGAAGAAGCAUGGGGAAAGGGUCCUUAGCUGCUAAUGCCAGGCACACAGCGGCAGCCCAGUGGCUGUGUGCAUGGAGUCCCUCCCGAGUGUUACAAACUCAGCAGAACUGUCUGGAUGCUAAAGAUUAAGAUGUAGCUCACAUAUAGCUGAGUGCUUUGAGUAUACGGUAGAAGCGGCCCCACAGUUGGAGGAAAAGCAGCAGGUAUUUCUUCAGACACCGUCAGCAUACUUGGAACCAUGUGGAGUUUGCUUUUAUCCAACGAGUUUCCCAUCUGGAGACGCGUUUGUACCAACCUAGCAUAUGUUACGGCGAGCCAUGUGUGUGAGCUUAAUUGAUUAACAGAAGAACUCGUUCUCUUUGUGAGAGAUCUCCAGACAUUUCCUCUGAACUGAUAUUUCUGCUGAGACAGCUUCAUGCUGCCAUACCUGUCUCCCUCUUGUACCCAAAGGCCGGGGGGUGGGGAGAAGUGUGGCCAAACUUACAGGACACUAAUCUUUUAGAUAUAACCCUAGAAUUGCUUUCAAAUUCAUUUCACCUGAAUCAUGAUUCUGCCCCAGUGCUAUUUAUACCGCUAAGGCCUCUCAGUUAAACUAGAGUCGUUACAUUUUUUUUUUACUCCUUUUCAAUUGCUGCUUUUAUCUUGGUAAAUUGCAUAAUCAUGUUCAUGCUGAUUAUAAUACAGAUGAAUUAUUUCUAAAUGCAGGCAUAAAGGAUGGAGAAUGGCAUUCAGCUGAGCAAUAUCAAGUUUUCUUUCAUCUGGUUAGAGUUUCUGGGGUUGUUAUUUGGUCUAAUUAGCCACAUGUUUCUAAUUAUGAUAUUAGAUUAUGACUGGAUCCCCUUGAUUUUAACUAGAGUAGUGCCUGUUCUCCUUGCAUCAUGAAUGAUAAUUUUUUUUUGUCCAAGGUGUAAAUAGAAUUUGCCGAAGUUAAAUUUUAACUGUGGUAUGCUUUUAUUAUAAAUAAACUGUAACGGAUUGCACAUUAACUAGAUAUAAACCCAUAAUAAUUUAUAUUACUUUCUGGUAGCUGGAACUGAAUCCCUUAGAAAUGAAAAAUAAAUGCUGAGAAAAAUUGAUGAGGAAAUGAAUGUUUAUUACAUUCAUAUGUGUCUUCAAGAUCACCCUUGUGCUAGUCAAUCAGAACUUUAGAAGAACUCAAACUAUUGCAGACUUUUUGCUGUACUUGUGCCUAAGAUAUUGGGUGUGUCUAAUUGGGCGACUACUUAAAGUUAUUCUGUUUCCUUAUGUGCACUUUUAUUGUUAAUUACUCCCUUUCAAAUGGGCAGUUUCAGCUUCUGGACCUGCUUCCAGAUAUUCCAGGAGCAUAUCCUCAAAUAUCGAAAUAUUUUUAGGUGAUCAUCCAGUCUUCCUCAAGUCAGGGACAACGUCGUACUUUGGCAGGUGCUCACAGAACAAAAUGAAUAACAGCUUUCAGAUGAGUCUUCCUGUCGGCUCCGCAGGCCGUCACCUGUCCUCUCCUGGUAGGCCGACUAUUAGCCGCUGUUCCUUCUGUUUAAUUUUCCUGCCAAUGUGUGAUGUAAGAAAGUAUGGAAUACCGCGGUGAAGCAUUGAAGAGAAAGCCCUGUUCAGCUCCUUAUGGUGGGGGAGGUAUGGUGGGGUACCCUGAGACGGAGCAACUGCUGAACUACAUCCCGUUCAGAGUCGUUCCAAAAAGAUUGUUCUGGAUAGAAACAGAUACCCAGAGUCUGAGAUGUUUCCAAUGUACAGGCAUCUUCAAAGGUAAUGUAAGCCAUCUACAAGUCCUCAGUGUUCCUAGAAAGAGGUUUUUUCCAAUUUUUUUAAACCAAACCUUUCAUUAGUUGAUCAUAAGCCAUUAUCCCUGUAACACUAAAGAAAUUGCCAUUUUUUCCUUUCAGAGUUGCAUUACCGUGCGUUACUGUUUACAAAAAUACACAUACUGUGAACAGAUAGUUUUUGUCUUUUAUAAGGUUUGUAGAGUGAAUGUUUUUUUUUUUUUCAAGAUGGUGUUAUGUUGAAUAGUUUUAGGUUUUUGUAAAUAGUAGCUGUUUACUAACUUUCGUUUGGUCAGGUGUGUCUGUGUAGCUGGGAGAAGAUAGACUUUACCGUUUCCUCAGUUUCCCCUUGCCGUUUCCUGUCGAGCCACCACUACAGACGUUUUUGUGUUCACAUAAGUGAUCGGUUAUGACGUGCAAUACUUAAAGUCAUGUUUCAUCCUCUACGGAAUCUUUUAAAAAUGCAUAUACGGGAAGCAAACCAGAUUGAUGUGUGUCUCCGUGACUCGCAGAAUUCUGACUUGCGUAUGGAAUAAAACAACACUCACAGAGAUUGCUAACCAAAGUAUUUCCAGCCUUGUGAAAUUUUGGAUAUGAUAUUGCUGUUAGAAUGAGAAAUCUGAACAUUUUAUAUCCUAAUUUCAGAAUUUAGCUUCCACGUCUUUUGGGAAACAUGAUUAUCACAAGAACAUAGAAUAUGUAAAUAACCUAUUACUAAGACACUAUAAAUAUCCUACUAGUAUUGCUUGGCUGUUAAUUCUAUAAAGAUGUUACCUAUGUCUGUUUUUAAAACAUGCAUGUAUUUAACAGUUUUAUCAUAGUAUUGUCAUGGAAAGAAAUAAAUAUAUUUUCUUACAUCUUA